AUGGGGCCCCCGGGCAAUAGGGGAUCAUGGGGCCCCUGUGUCCUUGCCCAAACUCAAAAAAGCCUAUGAAAAAGACUGUAUAUUAUAUGCUAGUAUAUCUGUACAGUGGACAUAUGUUUCUGAAACAUUCAUACCUCUGGCUCUCCUUUGAUUGGUUAAUAAUAUAACCCCUUAAACAGGGGGUGGACUGACAACUCAUGGGGCCCCUGGGCAAUAGGGGAUCAUGGGGCCCCUGUGUCCUCGCCCACACCCAAAAAAGCCUAUGAAAAAGCCAAUGAAAGGUACCAGGGGCAUGUCAUGGGGCCCUCUACUGACCCCGGGCCCUCGGGCAGUGCCCGAGUGCUCCUAUGGUCAGUCCGCCCCUGCCCUC